CCGAUUUCUAAUAUAGUUUUUGUAACUAAAAUGCAAUUUAUUCUUUAUUUCAACUGGCAAACCAGCAUUUAUUUGCAGACAUUUUCUGGUAAUGCCAUUUUUUCAUAAGAGUUAUUAUUACAAGCAAAUAUAUCUGUGCAGAGCACGUGACAAGUUGUGUACAUUCAACUUCUCAUCUCUCAAUCUCACCCGUCCAAAUCGCCACAGUGGAUCCCAUUUAACAAAAGCGAAUCAUCCAGCUGUUUACCUCGACCUUCAUAGCUGGCACUGUCUUAAUGGGUCAAGACAAAUUUCCAAAACCUACCUUUCGUUUUCCCCUACGGUACACCCUCCCGCACCAGAACAACGCCACUCUUAUUAAACUCACCGAAAUCUUCAAAUUAACUUUUCCAAUACGGGCUAAUUAAAGUUUAGGGAUUUGCUCAAAUGUAAACUUUCCCUUAACGACUAAGCCAUAUCGCCUUCACACGCGCUAUUAAACGGAGCGUGAGUUACAAUCUCCUAAAUAAGGAAACCAAAAAUCAUGAGAAUCCAAAGUAGACAAUUACACAUCUCAUUUAUAACCAAUCUUUCUUCUUUCUUCAGUCUUCCUCUUUCCUUAUCUCUCCAUCUCUGUGGAGAGACACAAAAGGAACAUUCUUGAAACCAUUCUUGCACAAUGCUAACUCAUUAGCAGUUUCAAGAACUCAAAAUCUUUCUUUCUUUCUUCUCCCCGAUAAUGCCUUCAAACGCCGUCGCUUUAGCGACGUUCUUGUGUCUGUUUCUUCUUCCAACGCUCUCCAUCUGUAUACGUACAGCUCCAGGGAGGAUGACGACCGUUAACAGCGGAAGAAACGAGUUCACCAAACUCGGUCCCUUCAUGGAAGCUCCGGAAUACAGAAACGGCAAGGAGUGCGUGUCCUCACCCCUAAACAGAGAGAACUUCGUGUCGUCUUCCUCUCUAGUCCACAUCGCAAUGACAAUAGACUCCGAGUAUCUACGUGGCUCAAUCGCAGCCGUCCACUCCGUCCUCCGCCACGCGUCCUGCCCAGAAAACGUCUUCUUCCACUUCAUCGCCGCCGAGUUCGACUCAGCGAGUCCACGCGUACUGAGUCAACUCGUCCGGUCGACUUUUCCCUCGUUAAGCUUCAAAGUCUACAUCUUUAGAGAAGACACGGUGAUCAACCUCAUCUCGUCUUCGAUAAGACAGGCGCUCGAGAACCCUCUGAACUACGCGAGGAACUACCUCGGAGACAUACUCGACCGUAGCGUCGACCGAGUCAUCUACCUCGACUCGGACGUGAUCGUCGUCGACGACAUCAAGAAGUUAUGGAACACGGUUCUGUCCGGGACGCGUGUCAUCGGGGCUCCGGAGUAUUGCCACGCGAAUUUCACUCAGUACUUCACUUCGAACUUCUGGUCGGACCCGGUUUUACCGGGUCGGAUCUCGGGUCGGAAGGCGUGCUACUUCAACACGGGGGUGAUGGUGAUGGAUAUGGUGAGGUGGAGGGAAGGGAGCUACAGGGAGAAGCUUGAGAAGUGGAUGGUGUUGCAGAAGAAGAUGAGGAUCUACGAUCUUGGCUCCUUGCCGCCGUUCUUGCUUGUGUUCGGAGGGGAUGUUGAGGCGAUUGAUCAUAGGUGGAACCAGCAUGGUUUAGGUGGGGAUAAUGUUCGAGGGAGUUGUCGGUCUUUGCAUCCUGGUCCGGUGAGUUUGUUGCAUUGGAGUGGGAAAGGGAAGCCGUGGGUGAGGCUUGAUGAGAAGAGGGCUUGUCCGUUGGAUCAUCUUUGGGAGCCGUAUGAUUUGUAUAAGCAUAAGAUUGAGAGGGUUAAGGAUCAGGCGAUGUUUUGGUUUGCUUCUUUGUCGGAGUUAGCUGAUGAUUGAAGAAGAAGAAGAAGCUUCUGUGUGAGAGGUUUAAAAGAAAAGGUUACAUUGUUUAUUUUUCUUGUUGUUGUGAGUUUACAGAUACAUUUGUUCAGGUGAUUCUUUGAUUUUCUGGUGUAUAGAUGGAAUUAGAGAGGGAGAGAGUGAGGGAUUUAGAGGCUGUGGAAGCUGUUGAUGAAACCCUUUCUUUGAGAAUUCUUUUUUCGUUUUGGUGCAUCUUCUUGUUCCUUGAUAAAACUCAUCUUGAAGUGCCUCUUGAGAUUUUCAUUUCAGAAGCUUGGGUGGGAAGUUGAUAAGGAAUAGAUUGGUAAUAAUCAAACCUUUUUCUUUUGGUAAUAAUCAAAUGUCAAUCCUGAGAUUUAUGAGGUUUGAAACAAGGAUUAAGAGUUGGAUAAUCCACGCGUAAAUAUGUUUUGGAUAGUUUGAGGAGACAUGAUGAUAUGUACAUUUUAGGUACUAACAAUUUGGAGUCAAAGUGGAUGUUUAGAGUAUUUAUGUUUGAAAUGGCGAAAAAGAGUAUGAUCAGUGUCUAGGUGUUUGAUCAUAUGAUUGUUAUCGUUAUGAAACCAAAAAAUGAUCAUAAACACAGCGUCGCUUUGGAAUUACUAAUGAGCCGGGCUGUGAAAGCCCAAAUACGUUUCUCUGUGUCUUUGACUUUUCCUUUGAAGUUCACCGAUGAGUCUUGGGAAGAAUGAAUAUAUGUGGGGUUCCGUUCCGCACGCUCACAGGAUUCCCUGAGAAGAGGAGGCAAAACAUUUACUAGUCAUUAAUUAAUUAAUUUGAUAAUUAAAGAAGCAAACUCGUGUAACUAAAGUAUAGUAGUUAGGACGCAAGUAGUGCAGUGUUCUUAUUUCAAACACUGGUCCCACCUACUCUUGUCUUUAGGGGUGGGCACGGAUCGGAUAUCCGGGUUUUUAAGGUAUUUGUGAUUUGCUUCGAAUGUUACGGAUAUCUAAUUUUGGUAUUUGCUUUGCUUCGAAAAAAUACGGAUAUCCGGAAAAACGGAUAUCCGGAAAAUAAAUAGAUAUUUGCGGAUAUUUACGCAUAUUUACGGAUAUCUCAUCCAUUUUAAUUAGUACAAAUAAUCUUAAGAUUUUGAUACAAAUUUGCUUUGAAAAAAUAUUUUUUUGCAUGAUAUAUAAAAUAAAACUUAAAAGAACUAGUGAAUUUAUAGAUUUUGUAAUUUUUUAAAGUUUAAGUUACAAUUAUAAUAACACAAAAUUUAAGAAAAAAUAUAAUUGUCAAAAAUAUUUU